CCUCGUGAAGAUGUCUUAUACGUAGCACACCAGAACAACCAGCAACCGUCAACCUGUAGGCAAGACAUAAGAGAAGACACUAGCUCAAGUUUCGUCUUUGGAGUGUAUGUAAUGUAUGUUUAUGCCUACAGAUUUCGUUAUGCGUAUGGAAGUUGCUGGAAACAUGAUCAAUACGAAGAAGUAGCAGUAGGACUGUCCAAGAAACUUCACUUCAACAAUUCAAUGAACGACAAUUUAAUUGCUAACGGUCUCAUUUACGAAGAGGAUGCCAUCAAAAUUCGUAAAAUUUUGAGUGAGACACAAUGGCAAGAAUGGCGUACCGAGUGGUUGUUGACGGACAUUCUACCAAAGACUGACAAUUUGGGAUACUUAAAAUUUUGCUGUUUGCUGCGUACAAAGUUUCAACUGCCUGAAAUUGCAAACAGGCUUUGCAAGAAAUGCGAGGAAUACUUUUCAGGGAAAUGCAUCGUUAGAUCUGAAAAAAUCAAACUUUUUGUUGGCUCGUCUUGCCUGCCGUUGUUAGAGACAAUCAUGAUGCAAGACCUCGAUAAAAAUAUGUUUCUUGAUACUAAAUUCGUGCACAAUAUCAACGUGGUAUUUACAUCGUCGAUUGUUUGCAUCGAUAACAAGAUAUUUGUAUCGAUGUUGCUAAAUAUUCACGAAGGAUACAUCGACGAAGAACUUUUUCAAAGAAAAUUUGCGGCUGGGCUAGGGCGCCAUAUAUCGGAAACAGAGCUAACUGUCUACGACGUUGACGGUAUGAGGAGCACAUCGAUGUUGAUACGACUGUCAAGUCUAUCUGGCUUAGAGCUAUGGAAAGUCAUCGAUGACGAAAAGCUUAGAGACAAAUUUGGUGUAAUGAUAGCAGAGGCAAUGAGCUCGAACUUAAAGAGGAUUGUAUCUAUUCAAGUGGCAAUAAGUGAUAUGUCUUCUUAUCUGAUCGAAGUUAUUCCGACUGGAACAUUCUCUAUGAAAUCAGAUAGUAACGAUGGUAAUCUUGUAGCAUACGAGACAAUGCUGACUGUGAUGAAGUUGAUAGAUGAUUACACAUCUAUUAGACGUUUAUGGACAGGAUUGAUCUCGUUAAUUAUGUUCUUAUUGCGUGAAAUUUUCAUUUUAAUCGCCCUUUUUAUGGCUUGCAUUUUUCUAUAUCUUUUGUGGAUCCAGACAAAGGGCAUACGGAUUCGGUUUUCCAGGUCCCCUGGAUACUACCAGAAAGGACAAGUGGAUAUUCGUAGCGUCAGCGUCCUUGCCAACAAAAUCUUUCGACGAAAAGAUUUAAAGUAUGAUCCAAAACGUUGCUUAGUCGGUAGAGGAGGGUUCGCUGAUGUAUACAAAGCAGUCUUACAUGGUAACAUGACUGUUGCAUUUAAGAAACCAAACAUUGGCGGAUCUCGUUUUACUGACAGAGAGAUGAAAGACUUGAAAAAAGAAUCGUCUAUUUUGCUGGCCAUUCCUUCUCACAAGCAUAUUGUUAAGAUCAUUGGAAUCUGCAUCGAUUCUCGUCACUUUGGUAUCAUUUUAGAGUAUAUUCAUGGCGGGGAUCUCUCCAGGCUGCUUUCUUCUCGCACAUCUGAUUCUUACCUGGACGAAUGGAGGAACAAACUGGAUAUGACUUGUCAGAUAGCUAACGGCAUGAAACAUCUUCAUGGUCUUCACCCUCCAGUCAUUCAUCGUGAUCUUAAACCACUUAACAUAUUAGUGCAGAAGUCAUCUCAAUACACUUGCAAGAUUUCUGAUUUUGGUUUGGCAAAGAUACAAGAUACAACAACUUCUACUGCCAGCAACAACAGUGGAAGUAAUACACAUGCAGCUGGAUCUUUAGGAUACAUUGCGCCAGAACGAUACGGAUCUCUUCGCUUGGAUAUGAGAGCAUUGGCUAAGGCAGACAUCUACAGUUUUGGUGUCAUUCUAUUUCAAUUCAGAGAGCGCAUCCCACCAUUUGGAGAAGAGAACGAUGCUGAUGUGAUUGCAGUAAACGUGAAGAACGGGUUACCUUUCAAGGUUCCUAUCCAACAUUGUCCACAUGGAUAUGACGAGUUGACAAGAAACUGUUGUUCAAUGAACAGAAAACAUCGACCACCGUUCUCUGAAAUUUUGUCUAAACUACAGAAAAUGCUACGCAGGCACCUUUUUGCCUUGAUUUCUUCCCAAGACUGCCCUUGAUUUAGAUCUGCGUGAUAGCAGUCGUUCAUUGCAGCUGUUGUCUUCUCACAACUUACUUCAAGUCGUUUGUAUCAUUUUAUAAUUGUGAGCAUCUUCUUGACAUAAAUUGUUACGUUAGCAUGACACAACUAUACGAAUAUCAUAGUUUUGCUCUAUAGUUUGUGUUAUGACACAAACAGCAAUACAACACUAACCAUUGUUUCUAUUAUUAUUACAAUGGAAGUGAUUCUGUUUAUGCCGUCAUGAAGAAACUGCUUGAAGCACUGAAAUACUA